GCCUCCAUAGCCCAUGUGGACCACAAGGAAGUUUCAGUAGCCAUGAUGCAAUGAGCUACUGUCUGGAUAUCACUUCUCCUCUGCUCCGAUCUGAGUCAGACACAUUUAGGUUACUGGAUGGAGUUUUCUGCUGUUUCACACGGCCAGCUAUUUACAGAUGGGCUACCACUCAGGUCCAAACCAUUGUGGAGCAACUUACAGCAGGCAUUCGAUACUUUGAUCUUCGAAUUGCCCACAAACAGUAUGAUUCUUCCAAUGAACUUUACUUCACUCAUGUCAUUUACACACAUGCAACGGUCGUUGAAACACUACAGACAGUUGCUUCAUGGCUUGAAUCUCAUCCCAAAGAAAUAAUCAUCCUGGCUUGUAGUCAUUUUGAAGGACUGGAUUAUAAAUGGCAUGAGGAAUUCAUCUAUUCUCUGAAGAAAAUCUUUGGCUCUAAGCUGUGCCCUUGCAAC